AUGGUAAGACCUUGGUAUCUUUUGAGUUUAAAGUUGUUCUUUUACAUCUUAUUUACAAUUCUUAGGAUUAACUUUUACUAAAUCUUUUAGAGUUUUACCAUGGUAAAGUACAUAUAAAGUUGAUAUAUUAUCUUACCACUCUUAUUUCAAAAGUGUACUAUAAUAGCUUUUCUCAAAAGGUUAUAGCAGUAAAUAAGGCUUUGUAGCUGUUUUUUGUGAUUGCUUUAGUAGUUGUAUACUGUAGUAAAUGUUUCAGUCUGUAUCUUCGACUUCUUCAGAUCGCAAAGAGUUUCUGUUCAAGAUUAUUGUAGUCGGCGAUGUGAGUACGGGUAAAACGUCAUUAAUACAAAGAUUUGUUCGAAAUGCCAUGACACAACAAUAUAAGCCUACUGUAAGUUAAAUUAAAGUAAUUUUUUGUUUGUUAUUGGCGAUUUUUUGUAACUUUUUGACUUUCUGUGAGAUUGUUUGACAAUAUUAAAAAAGAGGGGUAGUAAUAACUGUGGUAUCUUUAGAUUGGCGUUGACUUCGCUACAAAGUUGGUACGAUACGGUGAUACACUGGUACGGUUACAGUUUUGGGACACAGCAGGUAAGUAA